AUUAACAAUUAUAAACACUUAAUUGUUGACCAUCGAAAAUGGCGGAGAAAACUAAAUGUAAUUGUCGUCCUCUUCCACAAUCUAAAUAUACCUUGGAUGAAGUAAGUAACAGCAUCCCUGAUAUCAUCAUCAGGAGCACCGGGAUGAAAGGAUCACCAAUUGAUAAACUUAUUACUGUUCAAGAAAUUGAUAGAAUUUGGGAUGAAAUUGGGAAAUUUAUAUAUAAUGAAAUGAUGCAACAGAAAUGUGUUGUUGUCCCCAAUAUCGGAAUUUUCAACUUUAUUUAUAUUCCUUUGGAUAUCUCUCAAAAGAAGAAACUUCUUACUCUUAAACCUUUCCUAACUCUAAGCGAAAGACUGCUUAAUAAUUUUGGAAUUAUCUUCACUAAGAAGCGCGUUGAAGAUUCUUUACCCGUAAUAAGGUUAAACUUUCAUAAAAUAGCGAUUCAAAGCGGUUGCAAUCGAGUGAAAGUGGAUCAAGUCUAUAGAACGAUAAUCAACGGAUUGAAUCGCUGUUUGAGAGAGAGGAGCGACAUCGAUUUUAAUUUUCCUCGUAUCGGAGUUUUGAAAUUCAGAGGAAUUAAAGCCAAGAUGAUAUUCGAUAAGAAUUUUUUAGAUAAAAUCGAAAAAGUUGAAAUUCAUACAGAAAUACAAAUUAAGAAUUUUAGAAAAGAAAUGAAUCUACACAAUAGCGAAAUUCAAAUUUAAUAAUGUACUGUAUUAUCAAAAA